AUUUUCUCAGUUCUCCUUUCAACGUUUGUAUCGUUUGAUCAGAGUCAUCACAUACCUCAGUUGACAGUUAAGUGUCUUCUCGCACUUCGUCCCACCCCUGGCAGUUCAGUUCUCGGAACCAGUGGGACUUCAGGUUGCAAACCAGCACACACCAUCAAUGGCUUCCAAACCACUCCGCGUGGGCUUCGUGCCGGAGCACUUCUCAACCCCCCUGCACUUCGCCAAGCAACACCACUCCCUAUCCGCCGACCUGAUCCCCUUCCCCUCCGGAACCGGGCACAUGAUCACAGCCCUCCGGUCAGGCGAAAUCGACAUUGGCGUCGGCCUAACCGAGGGCUGGGUCGCCGGCCUAGGCAAAACCCCCCAACCCAACGAACCUUCCGACGGCGGGUACCGCCUCAUCGGCACUUACGUCGAGACCCCCCUGUGCUGGGCCAUCUCGACCGGGGCAAACCGUUCCGAAAUCGACUCGGUCGAUGCCCUCAAGGGCGGGAAAAUUGGCGUGUCCCGGAUCGGAUCGGGUAGCUAUGUCAUGGGCUACGUCCUGGCUGAUGAGCGGUGUUGGCUUGCGCCUACCUCGGGGGUGGGUACGAGUAACGAGAUGGGGUCGCCGUUUAAGGAUUUUGUGGUGCUCAAUACCUUUGAGAAUCUACGCAAGGCGGUUAAUGAGGGUGAGGCGGAUUUCUUCAUGUGGGAGCAUUUCACGAGCAAACGGUACUAUGACUCGGGGGAGAUCAGGAAGGUGGGGGAGAUCUAUACCCCGUGGAGUAGCUGGAUGAUUGUUGCCUCGACGGGGCUGAUUGGGGGUGAGGAGGGGAAGGACGCGAGGAUGGAUCCCCGUGUGGAGGAAUUUCUUGAGAAGGUUAACUUGGGGAUCAAGCAUUUCAAUGAGCAUAAGGACGAGGCGGUUAAGUAUAUCAGCACGGAGCUGGAUUACUCGGAAGAAGACGCACGGGCGUGGUUGGAGACUGUGAGAUUUCCCGAGAGGACACAGGGAGUUGACCUGGAAGUGAUAUCGAAGACGGUCGAUACUCUGUAUAAAGCAGGAGUCUUGAUUGAAGGCAAGGGAAUGGGGCCAAAGGAGAUGGUUGCAAAACCGCGAUAACCAAGAGGUAGCAAGGGGCUCAGGGGUACGGAGUAAACGGUCAGUUCACCUCGAGCGAACAGUCGAGCGGCGGAUCAAUCUUAAUGAGAGUCGCAGACUGAGACGACUAACCCUAGAGGUGCAUCAAGAGAUACAGAAUCUCCAGUACCUCUAAUAUGUCUAUAUACUGUCACUGGGCUGUUGCACUCCAAAUGAAUCUGCCCUUGCUUACCCGACUCUCUAGUAAAUGCAGGGCAGUCCCUCAGCUUGGUCAGAACUGACCUAGGAAAUUCGACUAAGCC